AUGCUGCAGCAAUUACUACCGAUUCGAGUUAGGCAUAUUGCGGCAGAUCCACAACAUUUUGCAUUGGUCAUCGGUGACAUUUGGUUUGCUACUUGCUUGUCCUUGGCCAAUCGUGAGCAUGGUUUUCGCUUGGAAUCCGAUGGCAGCAUAACCAUUGUGGACUCACAUGCUUUUUCGAAUGGAGUUCAUGCUGUGCUGCUCGUUGGCUCUCCGCUUUCUGUAUCUAUCCAGAACACAUUGAUCAGCUCAAGCGGAAAGAACGGAAUCCGAGCAGAAAUUUCUCCUGAUAAGUUUAGCACAAUUAAGAUCCAAGGCGUAAAUCUUACUGGUCACUACUACAGUGCUGCUAUUGAAGUCGAAGAUGCCACCGACAUAGAUUUUGAGAUCAGCUGUUGCCUCGUCACUGAUAAUUUCAACGGUGGAAUUAGUUUGGAUGGCAUCACCGGUAAUAGUACGAUCAGUAUUCUUGGAUCAAACUUCACGCGAAAUCGUGGUAGCAUCGUAUCGAUACCGCUCAUCCAAGACAGUGACGUCAUUCUUCAUGGAAAUUCAUUUACUGCAAAUCAAUUGAACAACUUUGGUGAACAUGAAGCUGUUGUGGACAUAGCCACAUUUGCAGAAGCACCAGGAUCAAAAAUUCGCGUGGAAGACAACGAGUUUGAGCAGAAUACUAUGAACAAUGUGCUAGAGUUGCGACAUCUUGGAGGUACAAUCUGUCUCACUUGCCGAGUUCUUUGACG